AUGCGCUCGUUCCCCUGCCUUGUGGCAGCCGCCCUCUUGCUUGGCAGCACCUCUGCCUCUGCCGGCCCGUGCCAGCCACAGUCUUGGACUACAUUGAUCUCGACCACGGACACGGUGGCUAUCUCGUCGAGUACAACAGCUUUAUCCAGCACCAGUGUUACCGAAUCCGUCUCGGAAACCAGCGCCACAAGCACCAAAGCUAUCAGUUCAUCUAUUUCGGAAACAAGCACAGCGUCUACCACCAUAGUCACCUCUUCUACAGAGACCUCAGCUAUUCCUGGCACAACCACGUCUGAUUUUACCACCAUAACCACCACCACCAGCCAGGCACCCAUUCCAACAGUCAGCCAAACAUUUGAAGUCAAAGCCGCCCAAUCCGACAACACAGCCGUCAAUGGUGCCGUCCUCCACGUCACCAACAACCCCAGCUACGCACUCUAUCUCAUCUCACCGCCUCGGACUUCGGGCUCGGUCCUGCCCGGUGCCUUCUCCAUCGAGGAAGGCACAUCGCGGUUGAUGGUGGGAGAGUGGUAUGUCUACACCAACGCACCUGAUCCCUACAGCAUGUACGCAGGUCCCGCAUCCAGCGUUGGGCCGAACCAGGCCUAUAUCAGUUGCACGAAGCCUGAGUUGGUGGGUGAGGCCCUUCAGUGUUCCUCUGCCACUGCUGGCCCCAUCUACUUUUCAGUCAGCUCGACAGCUACAGGCUCUACAAAUAUCAUGCCUUGGAAAGUCGGCUCUGUUCAUGCUGGCUACAGUGCUGUCAACUUGGUUGCCGCUUCCAAGCAAGUCACCUCGGAAACAUCCAGGGUUGUUCAGUGUUGCUAUAGUUAA